AUGUCGAACUGGGUUUCCAAAAUGAAAACAAAGAAAAAAAAACCAGUGCUGCAAGAAGGUAACCGGAGACCCGUUUUUGUCGCCAAGACACCGUUAAAGGGAGGAGGUCUUGUGUUGGUAUUAAAUAAAACGCAUGUAAUUGGUCGUGUUUUGUUAACUGGGAACACAGCUACGUUUGGUCAGCGCCUCGUGGUCGGGAUUACCAUACUACAGAUGAUUCAGUUGCUAGGUGUCCGACACGGAACACCACUAGCUAAGAUGACGUCAAGGAUGUUUUUUGCGUCACUAUUACUCGUCAGUAUCUCUGGAGUCCAAAGUUCACUUAUCAUCGAAGUGUUGACCUACCCUGGCAGGAUUUACACCAACGCGCCAGCUGGUACCGAGGUACUCAAAGUCAACGCCUACGACAACGUCACAAAAACUCCUUUCCAAAGUUUAGUUUUGUCCACAGGAAGCAACUCCACAUAUUUCAAGAUUGACCGAAAUGGCACUUUACUAACGAGAAAACGAAUUAAUUUACCUAUAGGCGCAGUUUUGCAGUUUUUCGUCUUCGGGGCAAUAUCCGGAAAAACAAAUUACAAACACAUAAAAGUGAUUGUGUCCAGGAGAAACCUCUUUGCUCCACAAUUUGUGAAAUCCGAAUACCACUUCACCGCCUACAGGUAUGGUGUGAACAGCACUGUUGGGCGAGUGAAAGCGCGGGAUGCAGACCCAGAUCGGUUCGAGACUCCUUCCGGCUGA